AUGAUGGGAAUAGAAACACUUGAGCCUGAUCUACGUGGGUUGCUCCUGUAUUUGGUGGCACUUUUAGGGGUGAGUCACGGUCAAGGAGACUACGACUAUGCUUCCGUCAUACGACUCAGCUACAAGUUCUUCGAAGCCCAAAGAGCAGGACAGUUGCCAGACAAUCAUAUACCUUGGAGAAAGAGUUCUUUCCUCACUGAUGGAGACGACAACGGUUUCGACUUGGACGGUGGAUACUUCGAUGCUGGAGACUACGUGAAAUUCGGCUUCCCGAUGGCAUACACGACCACCGUCCUGGCUUGGGGAAUGGUCGAAUACGCAAAUGCAUAUGAAAAUGCCGGUUUGGCAGAGGCAGGUAGAGCGCAACUUCGAUGGGCCACCGAUUACUUCAUCAAGGCUCAUCCAUCGGCGAAGAAGUUCUUCGGUCAAGUUGGGAACGGAGGAGUCGAUCAUUCGUAUUGGGGUCGACCCGAGGAUUGGCCCUACGACGAGAAAGAGAGACCCUCGUACUUCAUCGAUGAAAAUUCUCCAGGAACGGAAUUGGCGGCGGAAACAGCGGCAGCCAUGGCUGCCAGUUCCAUGGUAUUCAGGGGACACGACGAUGGAUAUGCGAACACCCUCCUUCAGCAUGCCAGGGAACUCUAUGCCUUCGGCGAUGAGAACAGAGCCACCUACACGGACUCUAUUCCUGAUGCUGGCGAUUAUUACCAGGGACACGACGACGGAUAUGCGAACACCCUCCUUCAGCAUGCCAGGGAACUCUAUGCCUUCGGCGAUGAGAACAGAGCCACCUACACGGACUCUAUUCCUGAUGCUGGCAAUUAUUACCAGUCGUGGAGCGGUUACAAUGACGAAUUGGGGUGGGCAGCAACGUGGCUGUAUCGGGCAACUCAAGAACAGUCCUACUUGGAUGAUGCUCAGAGGAAGUACGACGAAUUUGGGCUGAAUGCGCGGCCGAUGGAAUUCUCAUGGGACGACAAGAAGGCUGGCGUUCAAGUGCUCCUGGCGGAGAUGACUGGCGACGAGAAAUACACGACUGCAGUCCAAGCCUUCUGCGACUACGUAGUGUAUGAGGUGCCCAGGACACCCAAAGGUCUUGUCUUCAUUCAACAGUGGGGCUCGCUUCGUCACGCCGCCAAUGUCGCUUACAUCUGUCUCUUGGCAGCGGACAAGCUGGGGAUAAACGAGGGGGCAUACCGAGAUUUUACCCGGCAGCAGAUCGGUUAUAUGUUGGGAGAUACUGGUUAUAGCUAUGUGAUUGGAUUCGGGGACAACUACCCCGGGCAACCACACCACAGAUCCAGUUCCUGCCCGACCGUAGAGGAGUGUGGAGGAUGUGAGUGCAAUUGGAGCCAUUUCGACUCGCCGGAUCCGAAUCCUCAGAUCCUGGAGGGGGCUUUGGUAGGAGGGCCAGAUAUCAAUGACAAUUUCAAUGACGAUCGCCACGAUUACGUCCGCUGCGAAGUUACUACCGACUAUAAUGCUGCCUUCCAGGGAGCUCUUGCUGGCCUCCUCAAUUUGCUCCUGUAUUUGGUGGCACUUUUCGGGGUGAGUCACGGCCAAGGAGACUACGACUAUGCUUCCGUCAUACGACUCAGCUACAAGUUCUUCGAAGCCCAAAGAGCAGGACAGUUGCCAGACAAUCAUAUACCUUGGAGAAAGAGUUCUUUCCUCACUGAUGGAGACGACAACGGUUUCGACUUGGACGGUGGAUACUUCGAUGCUGGAGACUACGUGAAAUUCGGCUUCCCGAUGGCAUACACGACCACCGUCCUGGCUUGGGGAAUGGUCGAAUACGCAAAUGGAUAUGAAAAUGCCGGUUUGGCAGAGGCAGUCGGGAUCGUGACUCAGGCUCAUCCAUCGGCGAAGAAGUUCUUCGGUCAAGUUGGGAACGGAGGAAUCGAUCAUUCGUAUUGGGGUCGACCCGAGGAUUGGCCCUACGAUGAGAAAGAGAGACCCUCGUACUUCAUCGAUGAAAAUUCUCCAGGAACGGAAUUGGCGGCGGAAACAGCGGCAGCCAUGGCUGCCAGUUCCAUGGUAUUCAGGGGACACGAAGAUGGAUAUGCGAACACCCUCCUUCAGCAUGCCAGGGAACUCUAUGCCUUCGGCGAUGAGAACAGAGCCACCUACAUGGACUCUAUUCCUGAUGCUGGCGAUUAUUACCAGUCGUGGAGCGGUUACAAUGACGAACUUGCAUGGGCGGCAACGUGGCUGUAUCGGGCAACUCAAGAACAGUCUUACUUGGAUGAUGCUGAGAGGAAGUACGACGAAUUUGGGCUGAAUGCGCGGCCGAUGGAAUUCUCGUGGGACGACAAGAAUGCGGGCGUUCAAGUGCUCCUGGCGGAGAUGACUGGUGAUGAGAAAUACACGACUGCAGUCCAAGCCUUCUGCGACUACGUAGUGUAUGAGUUGCCCAGGACACCCAAAGGUCUCGUCUUCAUCUUAGAGUGGGGCUCGCUUCGUCACGCCGCUAAUGUCGCUUACAUCUGCCUCUUGGCAGCGGAUAAGCUGGGAAUAAACGAGGGGCUAUACCAAGAUUUCGCUCAGCAGCAGAUCGGUUACAUGUUGGGAGAUACUGGUUAUAGCUAUGUGAUUGGAUUCGGGGACAACUACCCUAGAUACCCUCACCAUGCAUCCAGCUCUUGUCCGACUGUAGAGGAGUGUGGAGGAUGUGAGUGCGAUUGGAGCCAUUUCGACUCGCCGGAUCCGAAUCCUCAGAUCCUGGAGGGGGCUUUGGUAGGAGGGCCAGAUAUCAAUGACAAUUUCAAUGACGAUCGGCAUGAUUACGUUCACUGCGAAGUUACUACUGACUAUAACGCUGGCUUUCAAGGAGCUCUUGCCGGCCUCCUCAAUGCUCGCAUGGGAUAA